GUAGGAAGAAUGAGGUAGGGGUUUACUUGGUUACAGACGUGUUGUACAACCUUUUUAAGGUAAAACGCAUUCACGCACAGCUCCAGUUACAAACCUCGGGCCUUCCUUCUUCCUAUUGGCAAACGCCGUCAUGUUCGUGUCGACGCCUCCAGCUAUCCUCCUUCACUUCAUGUCCUGCAACAAAGGUAUAUAAGGGAGCAUCAAAGCAGCCACAUAGUCCACUUAAAGAAAACUCCCCAYACUCUGAGUUAUUGGUUAAUUAUUGUACCAUCAACAAAAACUUCAGCCUCACUUCUGAGUCUGAGUAAAGAUGCCCACCACCAGCAGAAUCAUUUCUGAAGCCCGGAUGUCUGAUAAAGCAAAGAAAAGCAAACCUGAAAGCGCAGAGAAGAUUCCAAUCUACGAGCCAAAUAUCCCAGAACCCAAAUGUAGAGCUGAUCUCAUCAAACACUGGAUUACUUUGUCCUUGGAUGACCGAACGGCCAACAAGUUGCUGUGGAUCACAGAGGGAGGAGCUAAAGUGGCCCGGAAGACUGAUGACGUCACAUGUCCUGUCUUGGACAGACCAGAGAGAUAUGAAUAUGCUCCACAGGUUCUCUGCAAAGAAGGCAUUCUGGGCUUCAGAGGCUACUGGGAGGUGGAGUUCUCUGGAUGGGUUGUGGUUGGAGUUGCGUAUGAACGAGCGGGAAGGAGAAACAGCGAGGGACCCUGUGGCUUUGGCGAGAAUGAGGAGUCCUGGGGUUUCGGGUGGAGUGGUUCCUGCUAUCAUGCCUGGCACAAAGGUCAAAGUACAGAAAUCAAAGGGAUACCUGAAUGCUCUGUUAUAGGCGUAUAUGUUGAUCAGCCGGCUGGUUUGCUCAAUUUCUAUGCUGUAGAGGAGAUAAAGGAGGAAGAGGAGGGAAUCUGUAGAAAGGAGGUUGAGCUUGUACUGCAGUUUAAGAGCUCCUUGAAGGAAAAAAUGAUCCCAGGCUUUUGGGUGGGGACACAGUCUCACUGUUUAAUUCUAAAAAAUGAAGAAUGAACUAAACCAAUGUGAACAAAACAAAAUUCUGCUAUUGAAAUAAAUACUCUGAAAUGGCAGCUUUACACAAAGAACUUUACACACAAAUUAAUUUAUUUUUUAAGUGUUUUUCAACUUUUAUUAUCCAAGCUAGACUUGUCCAAAUCCUAUAUGCACAUCACAAUAGAAUUAAAACACAAGUGUUCUCAUAUUGAAUGAUUUAUGGUAAAAGGAGCAAAGUGAAAUCAAAAGAUGUUUCAUUGACCAUAGAAGAAAUAUUCCAUUCAAGGUUUAGAGUGAUAUAUUUGUAUAUUUAUAUAUUUUUCCAAUAUUUAAUUGUUUGCAAGGAGUGUAUACACACAUAUGAAGUUUAUUUAAAGUGUUAAUUAUACACUUUUUAUUAUUUAAACAAUACCAGGUUUUUGUUAUACUGUAUGAUAGAAUAGUAAAAUAACAAGGUAUGCAAAAAUAAAUUAUAAGCAUGUAUGAAUUUACUGUGGUGAAAUAAAGUAUCAAUACAA